UCAUACAAACUUGCUAUGCUGAAUUCUUUACGCACAAUCGAAAAGCUGCUAUAUGCUGCCAACACGCCCACAAGCGAGACACUCUGUGCGGCCCGCGGCGAUGUACACAAGCCAUCCAGUAUAGUAGGGGGCGGUAUAUGCGCCUUAGUUGUGAUCCGCCAAUACAAAUUUAAAGAAGAAGCAGUUCAGUCCACGUUCGGGAUGGUACUCAUAAAGGAAUACCAAGUGCUGUUGCCCUGUUCAGUUGAAGAGUACCAGGUCGGCCAGCUGUUCUCUGUUGCUGAGGCUAGCAAGAAUAACACUGGAGGAGGAGAGGGUAUUGAAGUGCUUCGAAAUGAACCAUAUGAAAAGGAUGGAGAGAAAGGCCAAUACACGCACAAGAUCUACCACAUACACAGCAAGGUACCCAGUUUCAUCCAGAUGUUUGCUCCAGAGGGAGCCCUUGUCUUCCACGAGAAAGCUUGGAAUGCCUACCCCUAUUGUCGCACCAUUGUGACCAAUGAAUACAUGAAGGAUGACUUUUUCAUUAAGAUUGAGACCUGGCACAAACUAGACAUGGGGACCACAGAAAAUCCCCAUGGUCUUUCCCCAGAGGAAUGGGAGGAGGCUGAGGUUGUUCCAAUUGACAUCGCUGACCGAUCACAAGUUGAUGAUGUGGACUAUAAGCCAGAGGAAGACCCAGCCAUCUUCCAUUCUGAGAAAACUGGAAGAGGACCCCUGGGACCAGGAUGGAAGAAGGAGCUCCACAACAGUAACUGUCCCUAUAUGACUGCCUAUAAGCUUGUAACGGUGCAUUUCCGCUGGUGGGGGCUGCAGGGACGAGUGGAGAACUUUAUUCACAAGCAAGAAAAGCGCCUCUUCACUAAUUUCCAUCGGCAGCUCUUCUGCUGGCUAGACCGUUGGGUGAACCUAACCAUGGAUGACAUCCGCCGGAUGGAGGAGGAGACACAGAGAGAGCUGGACCAGAUGCGGAAUGAGGGAUCUGUCAGAGGAAUGAAAGCAGGAGAAGACUAGACAGAGGGAGGGAGAAAGAGAUUGGAUGGAAGAGAGGGGAUAUGGGGCUAUGUUCAAUCAACCAUUAUUUGACCUUCAGUCCCCCCAUGGCCAUUCACAGCGUGCCACAUCACCGAGUCCUUCCACACAUGAAACUGUCAUCCAAGAAGUGUCUAUGUGUACGUGAGAGUGCAUGGUUUCUAUGAGAGAAUGUGUAUGAGUGUGUAUCUUUGUCAUAGUUUUUGUCCUUGCUUUUCCGUUGGCUCUUAACCUCAUUAUUUGCUGGCAAAAUUCAUUGUUUUUUACUGAAAAAUGUUACACGAUAUCAACCUUUUUAUAAUAAGUAUUAUUACUCUCACUGUUUUUUAUUCAUUUUGAACCAUUAGCUCAUGACUAUGCCAGUGAAUCCCAUAAAAAAUCACCCCCACUAUUAAGUCUGUGGUGCAUUUCUCCUAUUUACACAUGUAUCUAAAUUAUGAUGAUAACCAUUCACUUAUUUUAAUUCAAAUGUAUGCUACUUCAAGUCUCAGUGGUAGCUUCAGAUUGAAGAGAACCUGUGAGAUAGUCACCAUUUUAAUGCAGACCUAUGAAAGUUUUGAGAUGAUUGAGUGGAUGACAUGUCUUUUAAACUUGAGUGUAACCAGUGGAACCCCUCCCGCCUCUGCCCAGACCACGCUUCCAAAGAGUUGGGUUGGCUAGGGAACUUUUGGAGAGUUGAGUCUGAUUUACAAUAAUAAUAAAGACUAAUAUUGACUAUCAUGAA